AUUUCCAUUUUUCUAGAUGAUGCAACCUAGACCUGGCAUUCAGGCACCUCCAGUUGCUUACGGCCGUCCACCCAUGCCCGGUGGUAUGGUAAGGAUCAACCAUUCAUAUCAUUCUUAACCAGCUCAUAUGUUUCGAUUCUCAUUGUUUUUUUAUCUGUUGCUUAGGCUCCUCCCGGCUUUAGACCUCCUCCCGGUAUGCCACCAGGUGCUCCCCCGCCAGGUUUUAGACCUCCUCCAGGUCCUCCUAUGGGUUUCCGACCUCCUCCAGGCGGACCUGGUGGUCCUCCACCUGGUUUCCGUCCUGGUAUGCCCCCACAAGGAUUCCCACCGGCUGGACGUGGUGGUCCUCCACCAGGAAUGUUCAACAGACCGCCACCCCAAUAAUCUCAAAAUGACAUUAUACAGCCCCUUUCUACACGACUUUUUUUCCGAAAUCUUCAGCCUGACUUAAAGAGUUAAAAAAAACAAAACAAUCCACAAAAACUUCAAUGAAAA